GCAACUAAUUCACAGUAAAAGCGACGACUGACGACGCAUAAAUGAUUCUAGAAGUGCUUGGCCUGUUGGCGGAUUACUAUCACAGUUGUCUUAAUGCAGAACUGUACAUUAACGAAUGGGUGCAGGAUCGCCUAAGCCUUGGCGAACCAGUUUUUCGCUUCGUCAGCGUCUAUUUGGAGCCAGGCAACAUGUUCAAUGUGUGGAUACCACUGAUUGGCAUUCAUCGCCAGGAUUUGCUGACACAUUUGGUUUGUGUGAUGAGUCUCGUUAGCACAGUGGGCUCCUUCGGAAAGUGGAUAUAUCCAGAGUGGCGUCCGCUCUGGCGUCUACGCGAGCUCUACGCCAAUGAGAAUGCCAAUAGGCCCGUAAGCCUUGCCCUGCAGAGUCACGAUCUGAGCUGUGAGACGAGUGGCGGAUUGCCCUGCUCUCAUUCCAUGAGCUUGACGGCCCUGCUUAUGGUUGUUGGCAUGCAUCUGCCGAUAUCGGGACGCUCCACAGCCUGCCGGAUAAUAAUGUAUAGCCUAAUUGGCUGCUGUACGCUGUGCAUGUGGCUAAGUCGUCUAUAUCUUGCCACGGAGUAUCUGCAUCAGUGCCUCUUGGCCAGUUAUAUGGCAGUCAGCAUCGUGGCCAUCAGCCAAUGGCACUGGUAUUCCCAGCGACGCAGCUGGGCGAUUCUUGUUGUGCUGCUGCUUGGUUGUCUAGCAGUUGGAGUAUACUUCAUCAAGCUACAUUUGGGUCUUGAUCCGCAUUGGUCUGUGCGACAGGCAUUCAAAUGGUGUCCGGAGCCUACGUAUAUGCGACAUGAGGGUAGUCCCAUUUUUCUGCUGUCCCGUGAUCUGGGCAACCUAAUGGGAGUGGCACUUGCAUCGCCCGUGAUGAAACUGACAAACAACUCCCAAUAUUCGCAUCGUUUUGUCGGCAUUUUCAUUCUGGAGCUACUUAACUAUAUACUGCGUCUCCACACACCAAAGCAGCAUGGACGUCUUCCAUUUUUGGCCUACGAAUUUACACGGAAUUCCUUGCACACACUUAUGCUCAUCAGGUUCCUGCCCCAAUUCUUGAACAAACUAGUAAAGUAGAUUUAUUUUUUGUUAAAUUCGCCUUUAUUGAUUUAUUUAUUGUAUAUAA